GGUCCGUUUCUAGGUGUCUAGCAACAGCUACCAGCCCAGACAGCCGGCGGCAACGGGAGCGCUAAUUCUCGGUGUGUCUUUCCACGAUUAUUCGCUGCCGGGUGUUCACAUAUAGUAGUCAAUUGGCUGAAAUAGUGGGAAAAAACAACCCUGACCCCUGCACAGAGAUAUGAGCGGCAGCGGGCGGCCCAGGACCAGCUCGUUUGCUGAGCCGCCAGGUGUUCCAGGAACCGCCGCCGCGUCCACCGGAUCAGCCGCUGCCGUGGGGAGCAGCACAGGAAAGUCCGGGGUCCCGCAGGCCUCCGGCAGCAGCUCGUCGGGAUGCUCGAACCUAAAGCUUGCCAGAGACAGCGGGAAGGUGACGACCGUUGUGGCCACGCCGGGUCAGGGACCGGACCGCCCUCAGGAGGUCUCUUACACUGACAUCAAGGUGAUUGGCAAUGGGUCAUUCGGUGUGGUGUACCAAGCUCGCCUCAUUGACAGCCAAGAGAUGGUGGCCAUUAAAAAGGUUCUGCAGGAUAAGAGGUUUAAGAAUCGAGAACUACAGAUCAUGAGGAAGCUGGACCACUGCAACAUCGUCAGACUACGUUACUUCUUCUACUCCAGUGGCGAGAAGAAAGAUGAAGUGUAUCUCAACCUGGUGCUGGACUUUGUCCCUGAGACGGUCUACAGGGUGGCCAGGCAUUUUAACAAGGCCAAGAGCAUCAUUCCUAUCAUAUACGUGAAGGUGUACAUGUACCAGUUGUUUCGCAGUCUGGCUUAUAUCCAUUCCCAGGGUGUGUGUCACAGAGACAUCAAGCCCCAAAACCUGCUCGUCGACCCAGAAACUGCCAUCCUCAAGCUGUGCGACUUUGGCAGUGCCAAGCAGCUGAUCCGCGGUGAACCCAACGUGUCGUACAUCUGCUCUCGGUACUAUCGCGCCCCUGAGCUCAUCUUUGGCGCCACCGACUACACGGCGAAUAUCGACAUCUGGUCAGCAGGCUGCGUACUGGCUGAGCUGCUGCUCGGACAACCCAUCUUCCCCGGUGACAGCGGAGUCGACCAACUAGUAGAGAUUAUCAAGGUGCUGGGAACCCCGACAAGGGAACAAAUCCGAGAGAUGAACCCGAACUACACAGAAUUCAAGUUCCCUCAGAUCAAAGCCCAUCCAUGGACCAAGGUGUUUAAACCUCGCACCCCUCCAGAAGCCAUCACUCUCUGCUCCCGGCUGCUGGAGUACACGCCGGCCUCUCGCUUCUCCCCGUUAGAGGCCUGCUCUCACGCCUUCUUCGACGAGCUCCGCCAGCCCAACACACGACUGCCCAGCGGACGAGACCUGCCCAUGCUCUUCAACUUCAGCCCCACAGAGCUGUCAAUCCAGCCUCAGCUGAACUCGACCCUCAUUCCUCCUCACGCUCGCUCUCACACAGCUGCUUCCGCCCACGAUGGUACCGGUUCUGACUCAUCUCAACACAGUUCAGUACCUGGAUCUCUUAACAGCAUCUGAAGCAGCUUCCUCACCUGCCUGCCUGUCAGCCUCACCCUUACCUCAGACGCUCACACACACACACACACACACACACACACACACACACACACACACACACACACACUGUACUGCUUUCCUCCAUGCUGCUUGCUCUCCUCUUAGAUGAUCAGUUCUGUACAGUGAACACGAUGAAUAACCAACAUUAGCUCUGUAGCUGCCGGGUCGUAAACUACAGCAGGAGAUUGUUACACACACUCUGCUUUGGGGGGGGGGGGGUCUGUGAAGGUUCAAUAGUGGGGGCUGGUCCUCUGUAAGAUAACCUUUUUUUUAAGCAACAUUUCUUCUCAAUGUUUGUGUUUAUUUAUUUGACUCAUUCAAAGAAUCAUGAGGGUUUUAUUUUUUUAUUCUUCAGUGUCGGUGAAGGUGAGCUGCACCCUGCCUGAAAUAGAAAGCCCAAAGUGGCUCCAAAUGUUCAGAUUCAGAGGACGUUGUAUUCCACUGAAGCGGAGUGAGCAGACGCAGGGAGGGAGCCAUGUUGUUUUAACCUGUUGUUAACGUAUCCGCUUUAAAGGAAGCCUUUAUCUGAGUCCUGUUGGAGCGUUACUGGAUGGAUCAGUGAAUACAUGAUGUUCAGAAACAACCGUCCGUCCCCCCGCACACUGGCUGCGUCAGUGACCAUGUCUCAUUUUCUUCAGUUUGUGUGACUGGUCUCGAGGGCCUUGACUCAUAAAAGAGGGAAAUAGUCGUCUGAAGGUAAACGAGUGACUGCAGAGUGUCUGUGUAGGUACUCAGUCCUCAUCAGGGUCUUGGGUAAAUGGAAGCUUGAUCCUAAGACAUCUGCUCUGAAUUUGAAGAUCUUGAAGUGUUUCAUCUCUCCUCCUCUGAAAGGCUAGACCUGAAGAAGCUUUCAGAGGAGGAGAGGUGAAACUUCUUCUCCUUCAAGAUCUUCAAAUCAAGACCAGUUGUCUUUGGAUCAAACUUUGGACUGACUGCAAAGUGCCGCUUGUUCUGUCCCGCCAGAUCUGGCUAACGUGGUCGUAUAAAAACUGAGCAGGUUAGCUUCUGAAACUGUUUUAGAUCGUUACAGCAGAAGAAGACUGUACGCCUCUCUGUGAUCACUCAAGUCGACAUUGAAUCUCGUUUAAAAAAGUGAGAUGUUACUCAGCAUUCGGGAUCACUUCCCUUUAAGAAGUCAUUUAUUCAUGGAAGAAAAUAACCAAAUCUCGACCCCUUUUAACCUCCCUAAGGGCCAGCAAAGGGCCCAAACACUGAACACAAACAUGAACAGGUCAUCAGGACUUUAACAUGUGAUCUAUUUGUUUCCCUCAUGUUUCAUUCAAAACCUUAAAUGGAGUUGAGAUCAGGGCGUGACUGUGAUCGGUGAAAAGUUGAACAUGUUGAAUCAGAGAGACGGAGGGUGUCUGAGAUCGAUCUGAAAACUCACCGAUUCUCAAAGGAAUCUGUGAGUUUUAAGACGUUUAAAUCAGUUUUCACUUAAAGAAAACGAUGAAGGCGACUUUCUCAAACCUGCUCGACACCAGAAAGAAUAAGAACACAUUCAACACAUGCCGUCUUAUUAAACAGUCAGUGAAGGCUGCAGAGAGAUGUAAGAGUUCUGGGUAAGGGGUUUAGUGUUUCAUUAAUUUUGACAGGGGGUAGGGGGGGGGGCUUCAUGUAAAUGUAUUUAUUUGUUUUUUAAUGAGAGCUGGAUGUGGAGGAGGGUUUUAAAUGGUGUCGCAGCUUCUUAGGCAAACCGUAGAAACUAAAAUAACUCUGAGGAUUAACGGACGUGUGCUGGAAGGCUUAAUGUGAGAACAGCGAUUAAACACAAACUUUUCCAAAAGCCGGGCAGUUUGUGUGUUAGUGUGUGUCUGUGUGCUGUUGUAACUUCUAUCUUUGUGAGGACUCCGUUUGAAUUUCUACCCGCUGAUUUGGUUGUACUGUCACAGUGAGGAUUUGUUGAAGGUCCUGGGUCGGAGAAUGUACUAUCACAGUCCCCAACCUCCUCCGUAUUGAAGUAUGAACGUGUGUGUGUGUGUGUGUGUGUGUCUGAUUCCAACCUGAAGUCUAAACAGUGUUUUAGGGAUUAGAGCCGUAAACAAUACAGAUCUUUAGUAAGCAGUACAGACCACUUGAAAGUUUGUAGGAUAGUAUAUUUGAUACUAUUGUACCAUGCCUCCACCUGCUGUUUUUAACUGCAGCCAUGUGUUUUUUGUUUUUCUUUAUUAUUGAUGCUUUUCGACUUCCCCCACACUCGGCACAUUCACCUUAAUUUCACACGAGGAGAGUAGAGAGCAUUUUUCCAUUCUCAGCCCGCUAAUCUCUCGGUCCUGUUGGGCACAUGUUCAGCUUUCUUUGCUCUGAAGAGUCAAACCGGCGUGUUUGAUAACCUCUGCAGGCGUCACACUCAAGAGCUCGCAGACUCUCUGUAGCUAUGAAAAAGUGUGAGGGGGGGGGGGGGUCGGGGAGAAGAAGCCGGACAGAGGAAUCAAACACAGCUGGGUUUUUCUCAGAAGCCAUUUUUUUCCCUCACUCUCCAUCUCUUAUCGCACAUGUAAAUAUCACUGAUUUUUAUUUUCCUCUUUUUACUUUUUAUUACAGAGUUGUUUAUAUCUUAUCCCCCGCAUCCUGUCCAUGGAAGCAGUCUUAGUUUGUGCAUCUUUUUUUCUUUUUUUUUUUGUAAAUAAGUUUCUUUUUUUCACUAUUCAAAAUGUAAAUACUGCAAAGAAGAAAAAAAAAACUCAGCCUACUGCUCAUGUUCGUUGAUGAUCUUUCUCUCUCUUUCUUUCUCGUUGUCCGGUGAGAAUCCUAACGUAGCUGUUAACAUCGUUAAUAAGCUGUUCGGUCCUCCGUCUGGACCACACCUGGACUGUUGAAUGGAUUCAUAUUUCAAGAGUUCUGUUCCAAAAUCAUCUUCUCAUGAUAACCUCACCUGUCUAAAGGAGGACCGAGCAUGUCACCUGUGUCUACUCCUUACAAUUUAAUAAAUGCAAAACCUUCUGAAACAUCAUGUUUGUUAACUUAUUUUUUGUUACAAUGAUUUAAUUUAAAACAGCAGUUUUUACAGUGAAGCGUCUCAGUUUGUGAAACUUUAAAAAGACUGAACAUCAAUUUUAACAGAAUCUCCACAAGGGGGCGCUAUUCACUUUUUAGAAGGCAUGCUUCUACACAUGCAUGAUACAUUUCCUGUUGUGUAUGUCUCAACCAGGUCCAACAUUGAGGAAAAGUGUCCUUGCAUCGUAUACAUCUUAUUCUUUAUUUGCAUCAGUAUUUAGUGCAGCGUAUUCUUUUUCAGAAAUGUUUCAACUAUUUCAUGUGAAGCCUAAACACAGCUCCUUCCUGACUUGUUUUUGCAGUGUCACACUCAGUGUGUAGGGCUUAGCAGCAUGCAAGACAUUGUUACUGAUUUUAAGAACUAAAGGUGUGGUCGUCCGACACGAGGCUGUUCCUCAGUCACAUCUAUCAAAGUGAAAAAUGUGUUAAAGUUGUAAAAUGUGCAGAAAAGGCUCAAAAGCUAAAACUGUAGUUACUCUCUUCGCCUGCAGGUUGCGCCCCCUGCAGGUGAAGAGAGUAACUGAGAGUGUUACAAUAGCAGUAUCUGUUCCCUUCCUUGCCUCUAGAUGGCAGUCAUUGACAUGUCCACAUCUUGCCCUUUAAAAGAGUCUCCUCCAAUUGAACAUCUGACAGUAAAAAGUUUUUAAAAAGGAUAAAAAUCAAAGCCGAUGGCCGAGCGGUUAGUUUGUGCACCCCAUGUACAGAGGCUGUAGUCCUGGAAGCGGGCACCCGGGUUCGAUUCUGACCUGUGGCUCCUUUCCCGCAUGUCAUUCCCCACUCUCUCGCUCUCUCUCUCUCCUUCUUCCUCCUUUAUCCACCAUCCUGUCUCUCCCAUGAAGGCCCAAUAAGUCUUUUUCUUCCACACGCUUUGUUUUUGUUUGGAACAGAACUUUCUUUUUUGUGCAUUUUGUCAAAUUGCAAUAUAUUCUUACUGUGCAGUAUUGAGAAAAUAGUCUUAGCUACAGGUCACUUAGGUGUGAAAUGUCUGACAUGCGUGAUCUCACAAGUGUUUAGUUGGACUUUGAAUCACAUUCUGACGUCCGGCUGGUUCUCAACAUGGUGGGCAUUUUGUAUGAUGUGCUGUACGGCAUUCAGAACUGCUGCUAAUGAUCACAAGAUGUCAGAGACAGACUCGUGUGUCGUGACUGCAGACGCAGCUGUGAGCGUGUGUGUGUGGCCAGGAAACAUGCAGACAAUGUUGUACAUUAUCUCCAAAAAUGUACUUGUGUUUGUUUUUGAAUCAUCUAAAAUGUGUGCGUCUGUUCAAGUUUCCAUCUUUAAUGCAACAGAGAGAUGUCACUUUUAUUUCAUAUGUUCACUGCCGGGGUCUCGAUGGAGCGGGAAAGAAAGAGAAAGAAACACAAACCUGUCCGUCUCUGUUCUGUGUGUGUAUCAUAUGGACUCAUUUACUGUAAUAAAGUGAUGAAACUGUGUU